CUUCACCAAUCUUUAGGAUUUGAGCAGGAGAAAUACCAGAGGAUCUUUCCUCCCCUCUCUGCUCCUUUCCAUGACUCCCUUCUCGCUUUAAUAGACAGGGGCGGAAAAGACGAAUUCGGAAGAGGAUUAUUCAGUUCAAGGGAAUGAAGAAUUCAGAAUAAUUGUGGUAAAUGGAUUCCAAUAUGGAGCAUAAGAAUAAGCUGUACAGUUGACCUGCUUUGAAGAAACAUACUGUUCUCUUGUGAAAUCUGUAAAAACAAAACCAAUCAAAAUGAAUUCAACAUUACUUUCUCAGGUUGAAAAUCAUUCAGUGCACUAUAAUUUGUCAGAGGAGAGUUCCCCAUUUUUGGCUUUUGAAAAUGAUGAUUGUCACCUGCCCUUGGCUGUGAUAUUUACCUUAGCUCUUGCUUAUGGAGCUGUGAUCAUUCUUGGGGUCUCUGGAAACCUGGCUUUGAUCAUAAUCAUCUUGAAGCAGAAAGAGAUGAGGAAUGUCACCAACAUCCUGAUUGUGAAUCUUUCCUUCUCAGACUUGCUCGUUGCCAUCAUGUGUCUCCCGUUCACRUUUGUGUACACGCUGAUGGACCACUGGGUCUUUGGUGAGACCAUGUGCAAGCUGAAUCCUUUUGUGCAAUGUGUUUCCAUCACCGUGUCCAUUUUCUCUCUGGUUCUCAUUGCUGUGGAACGCCAUCAGCUGAUAAUCAACCCACGAGGGUGGAGACCAAGUAAUAGACAUGCUUACAUAGGUAUUGCUGUCAUUUGGGUCCUUGCUGUGGCUUCUUCUCUGCCCUUCCUGAUCUAUCAAGUCUUGACCGAUGAGCCAUUCCAAAAUCUAACGCUGGAUGCAUUCAAAGACAAGUAUGUGUGCUUUGAUAAAUUUCCCUCSGACUCUCAUAGGUUGUCUUACACUACUCUCCUCUUGGUGCUGCAGUACUUUGGCCCACUCUGCUUUAUAUUUAUAUGCUACUUCAAGAUAUACAUUCGCUUAAAAAGGAGAAAUAACAUGAUGGACAAGAUGAGAGACAAUAAAUACAGGUCAAGUGAAACCAAAAGAAUCAACAUCAUGCUGCUGUCCAUCGUGGUAGCGUUUGCAGUCUGCUGGCUGCCUCUCACCAUCUUUAACACUGUGUUUGAUUGGAAUCAUCAGAUCAUUGCUACGUGCAACCACAAUCUGUUAUUCCUGCUCUGCCACCUCACGGCAAUGAUCUCCACCUGCGUCAACCCUGUAUUUUAUGGAUUCCUGAACAAAAACUUCCAGAGAGACUUGCAGUUCUUCUUUAACUUUUGUGAUUUCCGGUCUCGGGAUGAUGACUAUGAGACAAUAGCCAUGUCCACCAUGCACACGGAUGUUUCUAAGACUUCUUUGAAACAAGCAAGCCCAGUCGCAUUUAAAAAAAUCAAUAAUGAUGAUAACGAAAAAAUCUGAAACUCCUUGGAGUGUAUGGUCCCAGAAGAGAUCUACUUAAAAGCAAGUGUAGCCAGACAUAUAUACUUUCAUUACCUGUUCUCCAUGGAACAGGACUAAAGUCAUUUAAGAAAGACUGAGAUCUCCCUGUCUUGCAUUUUACUGCUUUUGUUAUGGUUGUCAUGAUUACAUUUGGAACAAAAUGUAUGGGUUUUGGCAUCUCCUGGUAAUCAUAUUCACCAGACUUUCUUCAAGUGCUUUUUGUGGAAUUAUGCAUUUAACAACUUUUAAGACUAUAUUUAUUGGAAUGAAAUUUCUCCCAAGUAKAACUAUGAACCAAUUUCAGAAGCCCUAGCGACUGAUACCUUCAUUACAUUGGGCCAUUCUGAGUGUCAGUAGAUUGAGCCACCCUUCUUUAAUGAUAGGUGUCAUUUUAGUCUGAAACAGAGGUGACAGCAUGCAAAAAAUCUACAUUCAGGAUGUUGAACCAAAAAAGAGGUGAAAUUAAUCAGGAGUGAUCUGCUUUUUUUAAUCUUUUUUUUUAAGAGAAGUUACUUUGCUCCUCCUAAUGAAGUAUCACUUAAAUUAAGAUGAGAAUACACAAAAUGCUUUUCAGCUGUGAAUAUCAUAGGGUUUUGGACCACCCACAAGAAUCAGUGGKAAAAUAGUUUCCUAAUUUCAAAACUAUUUUGGAACCUGACAACCAAAGCAUUUCAGGAUAAUUAGUUUAAUAAGUAAAUUAAUAUUGCUACAAAUAAGUAAAUUAUAUUCAUUUGAAUUGAGAGUKAAGAGUUUUUACAUUCCUUACAGGCUGCUCAGUGUUUGUCAAGCUUUUUGGCAUAAACAUAUAAUUCAAAAGGCUUUUCCAGCUUACAAUGUAUUUUCUUCACAGCAGUGCCUAUAGUAGUCGCUCACUUUUAAAUUUCACUGUACRUCUUUCAAAGCAGAGGACACCAAGGGACAAUGUUAAAAGGAUAUUCAUUGUAGCUAGCAGGGAUGAAUACUUAACCACUUCUUAUAGCCCAUGUUAACUUGUAUAAACUGUGUGACUUGUGGAGUUUAUGAAUCMUGCACUACAUAGAGUACUGACUGAGUAGUUGUGUCACCUUGAUAUAUUUAAUUUCAUGUAUCUUGUGAUCACAGUUGAGCCUCAGAAUCAUUUGUAGAAAAGACAUUUUGAAGAACAAGUCAUAUUUUCAAUGUAUUAUACAAAGUAUUAAAUGUAUUUUAUUUAAAAGAAGGGCAAACACUUUCUCUAUUAAAAUUGUUUUUGCUUUUCCUGGGGGCGUGGCGGGAUCUACUGUU